AUGGGUCUCUCCCUGUCUGCGUUGCUGUGCAGCAGAGUAGCUCCAAGCCCCCCCUCCUCUUCCUCAGCCUUCCCUCCCCUCUCCGUCCCCACCUCGUCUCGCCUCGCCAUCACCCUGACCUUUUCCCCGGUCGCCCCGGGAGACAGCCGCUCACACUGGAGCUCAGUCCAACGCUCUCCUCACCUCCUGCUCUCCGCCUGCAAGCAGCAGGUCACGCGUUGGCCCGUGGAGCUGAGCAGCGACGGGGUGAGAGCGGAGGUGGGGGUGACAGGAGGCCUUCACGUCUGGGAGGUGCUGUGGAACCCGGACCACAGAGGGAGUCACGCCGUCAUGGGCGUCUCAAGGCGGGACUGUCCUCUACAGGCCGCGGGGUACAACGUCCUGGUGGGUGGGGAUGAACAGUCCUGGGGCUGGGAACUCAAAACCAAUCAGCUCUGGCAUGGUGGACACAGUGUGGGACUUUACCCAGAGAAGAUGAGGAGGUGUCCCUCUGAUUUGAAGCCACACACUUCAGACAAAGAAGGUCCGAUGGAGGCCCCUCUCCCCAUCCCUGAGCGGGUCCUGUUGGUCCUGGACACCGAUGCCCGGACCCUGGGAUUCGUUGUUGAUGGCAGCUUCCUCGGCGAGGCGUUUAAAGACCUUCCUCGUGGGGUUGAGCUGUUCCCAGCGGUGAGCUGCGUGAGAGGGGGGGCCAGCAUACGACUGCGCUACCUGAACGGUGCCACACGUGACCCUCCUGCCCUGAUGGCUCUAUGUGGACUGUCCAUUCGUCAGUUUUUAGGGGAACAGAGGCAGAAUCAAACUGACAAACUGCCUCUACCACCUCGUCUGCAGAACUACCUGCUUUCCACUCAUUAA